AUUUUAUUGUGCCGGUAUUACAAAAGUCUUGAAAGCCCGCGAAUGUCAAACAUACGCUUAGGGGAUUUCCUCAAAGAUAAUGUUUUGUAUCCAAGAGGACCAGGAUUAGGUGCAGCUCAGAUUUUAAACAAUGUAAAAUCGACUUUACAUUUUGGUACUUUGUCAUCGAUCGAUUCAUGGGAAUCGAAUGCCUAUUUACUGUUCAUGCCACUAGUUUCUGAUAGUCGUCCAGAAUUCCGUGGAAACAUACUUCGAGAUUGUAUGCUACAUUUACCUAUCCCUUUAAAAAUGCCGUCUACGGUGGCAGUUGGUCUUGAUGGUGUAGAAAGUCAACGAAAGGCUGACGAGCUUUUGGGAAGACUGAAUAAUGAAACUGAGAGUUAUCAUACAAUAAAGCGUCCUUUCAAGCCAUUGUUGUAUACGGAUUCAAGGUUUGUUAGUUUUUCUUAUUCUCUUUCGUAUUUUUAAGACUCAAUAACUCAGUGGUUAAAGUCAAUAGACUUAUUGUUUAUAGUUUCGUGAACUAUAAAUUGUAUUGCUGUUUGAUGUGUAUUUAUUACCAUCAAAGUAUAAAUUACUUCUUAAAGAUUGACUGGAAUUUACGCCUACAAUUAAUUUUGAUGGUGAAGUUUUAGAAAUAGUCAAGGCACUGGUUAAUAAGUGUACUUAAAUGGAUAAUAGUAAUGAUCUGGCAGAAGAAAUCAUUCUAUGUACAGCGAAACCUAUAACUGCCUAUUGUAAGUCUGAGUCGAUUUUCUCGCGAUCGUCACGUUAGUUUGUUUAUAAAAAGGUCAAGUGCACAACAGUGCCUUAAUACCAGUUCUUUUGUUUACUAGUGUGAAAUUGAUUCUCAAAGACGCGGGUGUUUAAUAAUCAUUGCUUUCAUUUAGUCACAGCACUGUGCAGGUAAUGCCGAGGGGCAGCUACGUGUUUGUGGACAAUUUAUAUCACUCAACAAGUGGUGGCAACUUGGGAAAGUGGCCUCACCGGUUUAGACAUGUUUUCCUCUUGCAUACUGAUGAUUAGUUAUUGAUGUUGGGGUGAAGUCAGAUCAAUCAUAAACAACGUAGAACCUCCCAUAGAUGUGCAUCGAUAUUGGAGCUGAAGGUUAAAGACAGAGUUUGUUAGCUUAUAAAAUGAACUUUUAGAUUGAAUAAAUAGUUACAUCAAGUUAGCUUCUGUUGAAUUAUCAUGAUUCUUUCAAUGAGGCUGUUAGUGGUUGGGCGUUUCAGUGCCGACAGACGUUAUCAAACUAUUCAAGACUGAAAUCAGUGGAUACCCUGGUUGUGUUUUCAUUUAAAAUAUGACCUUGAGUACUUCUUAUUCUUAUUUUUACUAUUUUGUUUCACAUUAUUGUCAUUUCAUUUUGUGAUGGAUUUGUUAGUACAAAUUAGGCUUUGAUUUGUCUUUUUUUAUUUCCCAAAUGAUCUUACGAAUAAUGAAUCAUUGGAAAAAAAAUAUUUGAAAAUGUAUCUCAGUGGAUUUUUAACUCGUUUUUUUUAAUUUUGUAUAAAUAUGAUUCAAACAAUGCAUAUAGUCAGUAACCAGAAAAAAAUGAUUGAUUGGUCUAAUUAAAUUAGUGGAUAAUGAAUAAAGAAUGCCAUUUUGCACAAGAUAAAGUUUUAUAUCUUUUCAUCGACACCAACCUUUAAGCAUCUAAGAUCGAGGAGAGUACAUUGUGUAAUAGCUGUAUUGCAACAUUAAUAAAUAGAAUUUCGACUAGUGUAUACCAAACACUAGACGAAAAUCCACUAGUCACUGUCAUUAAUUAAAUAAAUAAUAUAACAAAGAUGGAAUAUUUUUAAUAGUUAUUAAGUAACGUUUUAUCACUCCAUUAAAUUUAUUUUAUUCUUUGAUAACUAUUUCGUAUAUUUUAUUAUAGUGUAUUAGUUCGUGUAGGUAUUUUAAGAGUUUUAAUAGAAUUCGUUAAACAAUCAAUUGUUUAUUGGUUGUCAACAUUAAGUACUUUGUUAUUGAUUUUAUCUUGACCAAUUUACUCCGUAUCGUUUGUGACACCUAAAUUAAAUCUAUUUAAAUCUUUAUAUAUUUGCCAAAAAAAAACAUUCGCAUCUCGUUUGCGUUAUAUUAUCAAUGAGAUAUUUUUAAACGUGCAACUAACAGAAACUAAUCAUUAAGGAAAUAAAUACAUGUUUUGUAUAGUUCACCUGCAGUUCUCAUUAGUUAUUAAAAUGAUUAGAUCCAAUGUUUUUGUGAUAUUGUUGUAUGGUCACUUGAAGGUGUGACAAAUAAUUUAACCGCUUAACUUAUUGAUCCGUUUUAUAUUCAUUUAUGACGUAUCUAAUGGAUUGUAAUGUUAUCAAUUACAUUUAUAAUUAAAUUACAUAGACGUGUAGGGUAGCUUGUCACCUAAAUUAUUUCAAUUUGCUGAAAUAGACAAAUCAAUAUAUCUUAAAAAUCCGUCUAAAAACACCAUAUAAAGUAUGUCGGUCAACUAUAGAAAAGUUCCCAAAUCUUGAAGUUUUCCAUAAUGGCAUCAAAUUAGUGUGCAUGUAUGCCACUGCAACAGGUUUAAAAUAUGUUAUUUGAUUCACUCAUUUUUUAUGAAGUCAUGAUUGAUAAAAAUCAGCAAUUCAAUUAGCUAUUCAUACUGCAAACUUUUCACCUACUUUAUUACAUAUUAGUUUGUUCAAGAAAUUAUUUCUGAAGUUAUUUUCUUGGAGCUUUCAGAAUGUUAUACAUCUAUGUUGGAAGUAUCAGAAGGGGACAAUAUUGGAUUAAGAAAUUAAAUGAAUCAAUAAGGUGCUUGACUACCUAUCGAUUGCUACAACAUACAUAAUAAUUGGAUCAGGAUUAAUAUAUUACAGCGAUCCUAAGUCGAAAUAGAAAACCUAUCAUCAAUUAACAAAUUGGUAUAAGCUAUCUAGGCGACUAGUUAUUAUAGUCAAUAUCACUGAGAUAAUAAAAAUCGCUAUCGGAUGUUGAAUAUAUCAUUAUCUGUUGUCCAAUAUACACUUGGUGUUUUUUUCUCUAACAUUAAUUAAUUAUGAUUUCAUAUUGACUAUCUGUUUUCAAAUAAUUUCUGAAGACUGUUACAAGUUGAAUCAAUGUAUGAUUGUCUCUAGAUUUGUAUAAGGUUUGAGCUAGUUAGUGUCAGAAUCGUAUUAUAAAUACCAUACUUUGUGAAGGUCAGUUAGUUAACUAUGUAACUGAUACAAUAUCUUACUUUUAUUGGUAACUUAUUGUUAAUUAGUCACUGAUUGGCAUUUAAUAUAAUGUUUCUGACUGAUAUGUAUUUUUAUGUGGUGUGUGAAACACCUAUCCAAUAUGUGCAUUCGUCCUGUCUUGCAAAUGUACGUUUCUUCUGUUGAGGUGUAGCUAAUUUAACGUAUGAUCAUAUAGCAUUACAUCGAGUUGUCACUGGUUCAGUAACCGUCUUUGACUAUCACAAUAGAUAUUUGUUACUCUAUAGACAUAAUGUCCUUACUCUCUAUAUCACUAUAAUUAUUUUGAAAUGUUAUCACCUAUUUUAUAACCUAUAUUACAUUUAUCAUUAUUUUACUCUAGUCUUUAUUGUACUUCAAUGCCGUUCACUGAUGCAAUGGAACUUGGUAGUCCAGGUGAUGGACUUAUUAUACGCCCAUCUAAACUCGGUUUAUUCAUUUUACAUGUAAGUGGAAAUUAUCCUCCAACGUAUAGUCUAAAUUCAUUGGAACGUUGUCUAGAAACUUUUGAUUUGUAAACCAGUUUUAUUCAAAUGAUAAUGUUUAAUUAG